AUGAGAAUUCUGCCAAUCUUUUAUCACGUGGAUCCUUCUGAUGUACGAAACCAAAGGGGUAGUUUUGCGGAAGCUUUCACUAAGCAUGAAGAAAAGUUCAGUGAAGAUGUAGACAAGGUGAAGCGGUGGAGAGAUGCUUUAAAAGAAGUUGCCAAUCUCUCUGGGUGGGAUUCAAAGAUUAUCCCUCCCAAAGAUAAUGAUGUUCGCUUUAUAGGGAUAUGGGGGAUGGGCGGGGUAGGCAAAACAACCCUUGCUAAGCUAGUUUUCGAAAGAAUUUCCCAUCAUUUUGAACUUAGCUGGUUUCUAUCUAAUGUGAGAGAGGUUUCUAGAAAACAAGGCGAUCUAGUUAAUCUACAAAGACAGAUUCUUUCCCCAAUCUUGAAAGAAAAUGUUGCCCAUGUUUGGGAUGAAGGAGCCGGAACCUUUUUCACUAAGAAACAUUUAUGCAAUAAAAAGGUUCUUCUCAUCCUUGAUGACGUGCAUCAAUUAAACCAACUUAAAACACUGGCUGGAAAGAAAGAUUGGUUUGGUGUGGGGAGUAGAAUUAUCAUCACAACUAGGGAUGAGCGUCUACUAGUUGAGCAUGGUAUAGUGAUACGAUAUAAGGUCGAGGUAUUAAAGGAUGAUGAAGCUCUUGAGCUCUUUAGUCAAAAUGCCUUUAAGAAAAAUCAGCCUGAAGAAGGUUUUCUGGAACUCUCUAGGUGUUUCGUACAUUAUGCCAAAGGUCUUCCAUUAGCUUUGACAACAUUGGGAUCUUUUUUGUACGAGAGAAAUCAAGAUAUAUGGAAAAGUGCAUUGGAUAAUCUAGGGAAAAUUCAUUAUCCAACAAUUUUUCACUCACUCAAAGUAAGUUAUGACGGACUAGAAGAGAUAGACAAGAAAUUUUUUCUCAAUGUUGCAUGUUUCCAUAAAGGGAAGGUUGAAGAGCAAGGAACGGGAGCAAUGAAGCCAUGGUACUGCUCUGCCCAAAUUAAAGAAGGGUGCCCCGGAAUUGACUGA